AUGGCCGACGCAGCAUCUCCCGUCUACAAGCUCGCGAUCCUCGGUGGCGGGCCCGCGGGCAUCGGCAUCUUUGUCCGCGCCGCACGCCUCGGGUACCUCGACAAGCUGCUCUCGCUGGGCGUCGUCCUCGUGCACGGCGGGCCUGUCGCGAGUCUGGGCCGCGGCAACCUCGGCGACUACAUCAUCAACUCCAACACGUUUGCAAAGAGCUUGCUCGGUAGCGUCCUCGACGAGAAGCCCGAGCUAGACCCGCCCGAGUCGAUCCGGGGCACGUUUCUCGAGGGCCUCGAGGUGCACCCGGCGGCCCAGCGGCUCUCGGCGAUCGGGAACGCGUCCAUCAACCUCGUCGAGCUCGGCAAAUUCCUUGAAGCCAUUGGGUACCUCGCGCGGCUUGAGAUGCUCAAGUACCCGGGCCAAAGCGCAUGUCUUCACGAGACGACGGCGACGCAUGUCGAGCGCUUGGCAUCGGGUGUGUGCCAGAUCACGAUAUCGCACCACGGUGUCGAAGAAACCAUUUUGGCCGACCACGUAGUCCUCGCGAUGGGGGGUACCCAAGAGCUCCCACCUGACCUGGACCCGACGCAUGUGGCCAAGGCGUGGACGUCGGACGCCGUGCUGCGCGAACCGGGGCGCCGUGCCCUCGCCAACGCGCUCAGUACGGCCAAGGACAAGAAGGUGUGCAUCAUUGGCGGCUCCCACAGCGCCUUCUCGGUAGCUUGGGUCCUCCUCAACAAGAUGCAGCCAAAGCCCAAUAAGCAAGAGCCGAGCAUCACGUUUGGCCCGAAAGACCUCGCGCUUUUGCACCGCGGCCCGAUCCGGUGCUUUUACAACACGAAAAAGGAAGCCGAGGCCGACGGGGUCAGUGUCGAGAAGGCAGACAAGAGCGGGUCCGUCAAUACCUUUACGGGCCUCCGCGAAGACGCCAAAGCCUUAUACGUUGCCGCGUCGUCCGGCCACGAGCCCCGGCUCAAGCUCUACAUGGUCAAGAAGGGCACAAGUGGUGCAGCGCUGCAGAAGCAAGCCUGCGAUGCCGCCGCCGCAAUCGUGUGGUGCUGCGGGUACACGACCAAGAUGCUGCCCGUCACGAUCGACGGGGCACCGCAGACGUUUGCAUCGGCGCGGGGCGCCAUCAAGGUCGACCUCGCGGGCCGUGUCGUGCAAGCGCACAAGUCGGACGGCCUCGAUUGGCUCUACGGCGUCGGCGUCGGGUUUGCGCUCCGGGCCGCCGUCGACGAAAUGAAGACCGAGACGCGCGCCGACGGCGUGACCGUAUACCACCGCCGGGGCGCGACGCUCGUGCUGGCCGGCGUCUUUGGUGCGGAAAUUUACGGGAAAAACUGCGCAACGUUCGAGGAAAUGGUCGACAAGUUUGAGAAGCGGCGCAAGGAAGAGCGCACCGAGUCCAAGAUCCCCGUGAGCCCCAGCAUGCUCCUCAAGCGGGCGCCACAAGCACCAGUCGCCGAUGACGAGACAAGUCACCAGAACCUUAAGCUCGCGAUUGUGCCGCGCAAGAACAGCCGCGUCCAAGCGGAGAGCCCGGUGAAGCCGCGCGCACGCAACCAAGGCAUCGAAAUUGAAGCCAAAGCACUUCGGCGAAGCAGCUUUGAGGCGGGUCGGCUCACGACCGCUGGUCGCCCCGAUGUGCAAGCCAAGAGCUGCGGCAAGCCCGUGCUGGCGGGUGCGGCCAAGCACGCCAUCAAUGGCAUUCGCACUCGCGUCCUCUGA